CUGCUGGUGGUGGGGAUGCGCCUGAGAGAGACAGAAAGAGAGGAGUCUCUGUGUUUGCGCUUGCAGGAAGGAGACGCUUUAUUUUGCUGCUGCUCCCGCCGCCGCUGCCGCUGCCUCGCUUCCCUCUCCCGUAGCCAGCAGGAGGAGCGUGUGUGUUUCUCUCCCUCUCUCUGUGAAGGGUUAGCUUUGACAGCACCGGCAGCGACUCCCCUGUAUCUAUAUCCCCGGCUCGCUCGCUACUCCGUUUCUCCCAAGGAGCUUCUGACUUCCAACCUCCACACACUCCGCCUCCCACUUCCUCGUCUUUAAAAAAAGAAUCAAAAAAUCUUCUUUCUUCCUCAUCACUCUGGCAGCAUUAGCGGGGGAGAGCUGCAGUUCAUUCGUGGCCUUUGUGGAAUAGGAGCACUAUUCUUAACGUGACCGGCAGGAGCGGGAAGGGAAGACUCCUCAAGGUUUCCUGAGAGGUCCGAGCUGGCUGCAUUAGUUUUCAAGAAAAUGGAUAGUGCUUUUUCUGCUUUCAUUUUGGGAAAUUUUGAGGAGUCUUGAACUUCUAAUCCUCCAGUCAUUGAUAACUUUGGGUGCUGAAAACUGAGAAUUGGUGGGGAUAAAAGGCAACUGGUUUCCUGGCCCUUGACAAUCUAGUUAAAUAUUUGACUGACAGAAUGUUGGCACCAGCUUUGGAGGAAUCGAUCAGCCUCAACACAAGCUCUCUGUCCUGAGACACAACAACAGGAUGUGCCUUGGAGAAGAGUCUCAGGGUGGAGAAUUUAGGACGGAAUCAAAAUCUACACACUCAGGGAGCUGUGGUUCACAAGGUUGAGGUGAGAAGUCUGUGCAACAACAGAAUCUAAGAACACCAAAGCUUUGAAAAUUCUUCAUCUGGAAUUUCAGAUUGGAGAGUCUCGCAGUGGGUUCUAAGCCAGUGACCGAAGCUGCCAAAGCAUGCUGGUGCCAAGCUGUCGGAUGAUGCUUAUAGCCAGGCCAGUGGUAGUGCUCCUGUGCUUCCUACUCUGUGCUGAUGCUGAAACACCACCAAAGUUUACAAGAACACCCGUUGACCAGACAGGGGUCUCUGGAGGAGUUGCAUCAUUCAUCUGCCAAGCGACGGGAGACCCAAGACCUAAAAUUGUCUGGAACAAAAAGGGCAAGAAAGUCAGCAAUCAGAGAUUUGAGGUAAUAGAGUUUGAUGAUGGAUCUGGAUCAGUUCUCAGAAUACAGCCAUUGCGGACUCCACGGGAUGAAGCUAUUUAUGAAUGUGUUGCUUCCAACAGUGUUGGAGAAAUAAGUGUAUCAACGAGACUCACUGUAUUGCGUGAGGAUCAAAUUUCUCGUGGUUUCCCCACCAUUGAUAUGGGUCCACAGCUAAAGGUGGUUGAACGUACUCGAACGGCCACCAUGUUAUGUGCAGCCAGCGGCAAUCCUGAUCCCGAAAUAACUUGGUUCAAAGAUUUUUUACCAGUAGACACGAGCAACAACAAUGGACGCAUCAAACAGUUACGAUCAGGUGGUACACCAAUAAGAGGUGCCCUCCAAAUCGAACUGAGUGAAGAAUCUGACCAAGGCAAAUAUGAAUGUGUUGCAACCAACAGUGCUGGUACACGCUAUUCUGCCCCUGCCAAUCUAUAUGUCAGAGAGCUGCGAGAAGUCCGUCGGGUCCCCCCAAGGUUCUCAAUCCCACCUACCAACCAUGAGAUCAUGCCUGGAGGGAGCGUUAACAUCACCUGUGUUGCUGUGGGUUCACCAAUGCCAUAUGUGAAAUGGAUGUUGGGGGCUGAAGAUCUGACACCGGAAGAUGAUAUGCCGAUAGGAAGGAAUGUCCUGGAGCUAAAUGAUGUCAGGCAAUCUGCCAAUUACACCUGUGUGGCCAUGUCCACUCUUGGUGUUAUAGAAGCAAUAGCACAGAUAACUGUCAAAGCCUUACCUAAACCUCCAGGAACUCCUGUUGUGACAGAAAGCACAGCAACAAGCAUUACUUUGACUUGGGAUUCUGGAAACCCUGAGCCAGUGUCUUAUUACAUAAUCCAGCAUAAACCCAAAAGCUCUGAGGAACCUUAUAAAGAAAUUGAUGGAGUGGCCACAACACGAUACAGUGUUGCCGGUUUAAGUCCAUAUUCUGAGUAUGAGUUCAGAGUAGUUGCUGUAAAUAACAUUGGACGGGGUCCAGCCAGUGAACCUGUGUCAACACGGACCUCAGAGCAAGCACCGUCUAGUGCACCACGCAAUGUACAGGCUCGCAUGUUGAGUUCAACCACUAUUUUGGUGCAGUGGGAAGAACCAGAGGAGCCAAAUGGCCAAAUACAAGGUUACAGAGUUUAUUAUACCAUGGACCCCUCCCAACAUGUCAAUAGUUGGUUGAAGCAUAAUGUGGCUGACAGCCAUAUCACAACCAUUGGGAAUCUAAUACCACAGAAAACCUACUCUGUGAAGGUUCUUGCAUUUACCUCAGUUGGAGAUGGACCUCUUUCUAGUGACAUUCAAGUCAUCACUCAGACAGGAGUACCAGGACAGCCACUGAAUUUUAAAGCUGAACCCGAAUCUGAAACAAGCAUAUUACUUUCUUGGACCCCUCCACGGUCGGACACAAUCUCCAACUAUGAUCUCGUUUACAAAGAUGGAGAGCACGGAGAAGAACAGCGGAUUUCUAUUGAUCCAGCUACAUCUUACCACUUACAAGGCCUAAAACCAAAUAGUUUGUAUUACUUCCGUCUCUCUGCCCGCUCUCCACAAGGCCUCGGUGCUUCAACAGCAGAAAUCUCAGCUAGAACAAUGCAGUCAAAGCCAUCAGCUCCUCCUCAAGACAUUAGUUGCAACAGCCCCAGCUCCACUAGCAUUUUGGUAAGUUGGCAGCCUCCUCCAAUGGAAAAACAGAAUGGAAUUAUCACUUCCUACACCAUCAAGUACACUGGAAUUGAUGGGGAAGAUGACAAGGCCCAUGAAAUUUUGGGAAUUGCUUCGGACACAACACAGUACCUUUUGGAACAGUUGGAAAAAUGGACUGAAUAUCGGAUUUCUGUGACAGCCCACACUGAUGUCGGACCUGGCCCAGAGAGCGAGUCUGUAUUGAUUCGGACAGAUGAAGAUGUUCCUAGUGGUCCUCCUCGCAAAGUCGAGGUAGAGGCUGUCAACUCUACAUCUGUUAAAGUGUCAUGGCGUUCACCAGUGCCCAAUAAGCAGCAUGGUCAAAUCCGAGGAUACCAAGUGCAUUAUGUGAAGAUGGAAAAUGGAGAGCCUAGGGGCCAGCCCAUGCUGAAGGAUAUCAUGUUGGCUGAUGCGCAGUGGGAAUAUGAUGAUACUACUGAACAUGAAAUGAUCAUAGCUGGUCUACAGCCUGAGACAACAUAUUCCCUCACUGUGACAGCCUAUACCACCAAAGGAGAUGGAGCACGAAGCAAGCCCAGAUUAGUCUCUACUACUGGUGCAGUUCCAGGUAAACCUCGGCUUACAAUUAGCCACACGCAGAUGAAUACAGCUCUAAUACAGUGGCACCCUCCUGCUGACACUUAUGGGCCCCUGCAGGGCUACCGCCUGAAGUUUGGUCGCAAAGACAUGGAUACAUUUACAACACGAGAAUUUACUGAUAAAGAUGAUCAUUACACAGCCACAGAUAUUCACAAAGGGACUUCUUAUAUCUUCAGGAUUUCAGCUAGAAAUAAAGUGGGCUUUGGGGAGGAAAUGGUAAAAGAAAUUUCAAUUCCGGAAGAUCUGCCAAGUGGAUUCCCUCAAAACCUACAUUCAGAAAGUGCCACCUCAACUUCAGUUCAGCUAACUUGGCAAGCACCCAUCUUAUCUGAGAGAAAUGGCAUUAUCACCAAAUACACCCUGCAGUACAGGGACAUCAAUGUGGCACACCACCAAACAGAAGUCCCUGUUGUUCCUGCUGAUACAAUUAUGACACUUUCGGGCUUAAAACCAGAUACCACAUAUGAUGUAAAAAUACGUGCACACACAAGCAAAGGGCCUGGUCCAUAUAGUCCCAGUGUCCAGUUCAGGACACUACCUGUGGAUCAAGCAGUGUUUGCAAAAAAUUUUCACGUCAAAGCAGUGAUGAAGACAUCAGUUUUGCUGUCUUGGGAGAUACCAGAGAAUUAUAACUCUGCCUUGCCUUUCAAAAUCCUUUAUGAUGAUGGGAAGAUGGCAGUGGAGGUGGAUGGCCGAGCCACUCAGAAACUUAUCACCAACCUAAAGCCUGAGACGUCCUAUUCAUUUGUGCUGACCAAUAGAGGGAAUAGUGCUGGAGGUCUUCAACACAGAGUGACAGCAAAGACUGCACCAGAUGUACUGCGCACCCAACCACUCUUCAUUGAUAAAACCAACGUAGAUGGGAUGGUAACAGUGAAAUUACCAGAAGUACCUGCAAACAAAACUAUAAAAGGUUACUAUAUAGUAAUUGUGCCUUUGAUAAAGAAGUCUGAUGGGAAAUUUAUGAAACCACGGGAGAGCCCGGACGAAAUGGAAUUAGAUGAGCUACUUAAGGAGAUAGUGCGGAAACGCAGAAGCAUUCGUUUGGGGAGAGAAGCAGAUUUAAAGCCAUAUAUUGCAGCACACUUUGAAGUUCUUCCUACUGAGUUCACCCUGGGGGAUAAGAAACAGUAUGGUGGUUUUGAGAACAAGCAGCUCCAAAACGGCCAAGAAUAUGUUGUGUUUAUUUUAGCUGUUAUGGAACACUCAGAAUCUACCAUGUAUGCAACCAGCCCAUAUUCUGAAACUGUUGUGUCAGUGGAUCUUAAUCCCCAGCCAAUAACAGAUGAAGAAGAAGGCUUGAUUUGGGUUGUAGGACCAGUUCUUGCAGUUGUGUUUAUCAUCUGUAUUGUUAUAGCUAUAUUGCUGUAUAAAAGUAGUAAACCCGACAGGAAAAGGGCAGAGACAGACUCUAGAAAGAGUAGUAUACCCAACAGCAAGGAGAUUCCCUCUCACCAUCCCACAGAUCCAGUAGAGCUACGACGCCUUAAUUUUCAAACUCCAGCUUUGAGCAGUAAUUCAGUCCCCUACGCCUCCCUGAUUGGCUCUGUGUCCUCCCUCUCUAGCCAAACUACCACUCAGUCCUUAUAUGAUAAUAACUCUCUCCCACGAUUCGCUCGAAAAGGUAUGGCUAGCCAUCCACCAAUACCUAUUUUGGAACUUGCAGAUCACAUUGAAAGGCUAAAGGCUAAUGACAACUUGAAGUUUUCUCAAGAAUAUGAGUCAAUUGAUCCAGGCCAGCAAUUCACAUGGGAACACUCUAACCUGGAAGUAAAUAAACCAAAGAAUAGAUAUGCAAAUGUUAUUGCUUAUGACCAUUCUCGAGUACUUCUGUCGGCAAUAGAAGGUAUACCAGGCAGCGAUUACAUAAAUGCGAACUACAUAGAUGGCUACCGAAAGCAGAAUGCCUAUAUUGCAACCCAAGGAGCUCUUCCUGAAACAUUUGGAGAUUUCUGGAGAAUGAUGUGGGAACAAAGGGGUGCAACUGUCGUAAUGAUGACCAAACUGGAGGAAAGAUCCAGGGUCAAAUGUGAUCAGUAUUGGCCAAGCAGAGGAACAGAAACGUAUGGACUGAUCCAGGUGACCUUGUUGGACACUGUUGAAUUGGCAACAUACUGUGUUAGAACAUUUGCACUUUACAAGAAUGGGUCAAGUGAGAAGAGAGAAGUAAGGCAGUUCCAAUUUACUGCCUGGCCUGACCAUGGAGUUCCAGAACACCCGACACCAUUUCUAGCUUUCUUACGACGAGUCAAAACAUGUAAUCCUCCCGAUGCAGGGCCAAUGGUUGUUCACUGCAGUGCCGGUGUUGGAAGGACUGGCUGUUUCAUUGUAAUAGAUGCCAUGCUAGAGAGAAUAAAGCAUGAAAAGACUGUAGAUAUUUAUGGUCACGUAACUCUAAUGAGAGCUCAGAGGAAUUACAUGGUUCAAACAGAGGACCAAUACAUCUUUAUCCAUGAUGCACUGCUUGAAGCAGUGACAUGUGGAAAUACCGAAGUGCCGGCCAGAAACCUGUAUGCAUAUAUUCAGAAGCUGACACAGAUAGAAGCAGGAGAGAAUGUCACAGGAAUGGAACUGGAAUUUAAGAGGCUAGCCAGCUCUAAAGCUCACACUUCAAGAUUCAUCAGUGCCAAUCUUCCAUGUAAUAAAUUUAAAAAUCGCCUUGUUAAUAUUAUGCCAUAUGAAUCCACGAGGAUAUGUUUGCAGCCUAUCCGAGGGGUAGAAGGCUCUGAUUAUAUCAAUGCCAGUUUUAUCGAUGGAUACAGGCAACAAAAAGCCUAUAUAGCUACGCAGGGACCUUUGGCAGAAACAACAGAAGAUUUCUGGAGGAUGCUUUGGGAGCACAAUUCAACCAUCGUAGUCAUGCUUACUAAACUACGAGAAAUGGGCAGAGAAAAAUGCCACCAGUAUUGGCCAGCAGAGCGUUCAGCCAGGUAUCAGUACUUUGUGGUGGAUCCCAUGGCAGAGUAUAACAUGCCACAGUACAUCCUAAGGGAAUUCAAGGUCACAGAUGCCAGGGAUGGCCAGUCCCGAACAGUGAGGCAAUUCCAGUUCACUGACUGGCCUGAACAAGGAGUGCCAAAGUCAGGAGAAGGGUUCAUUGACUUCAUAGGCCAAGUGCAUAAAACAAAAGAGCAAUUUGGACAAGAUGGGCCAAUCUCCGUUCACUGUAGUGCGGGUGUUGGAAGAACUGGCGUAUUCAUAACCCUGAGCAUCGUGUUGGAAAGAAUGAGAUACGAAGGUGUUGUAGAUAUCUUCCAGACAGUCAAAAUGUUAAGGACGCAACGGCCGGCCAUGGUACAGACGGAGGAUCAAUACCAGUUCUGUUAUCGAGCCGCACUAGAAUACUUGGGCAGCUUUGAUCACUAUGCAACGUAAAAAACAAAAAAACCCUGACCCAUCCUGGAUUUUUAACUGCAGGCCCUUUAAGAUCCAGAGAGCCUCUUCUGAGCCAUACAGUGUGCUUGAGAAGUACUUCUUAACUCCUAACUAAAGACCAAUUAGUAGGAAAUAUUAAAAGGAAAAAAUACUAUUCCAGGUGGACCAACAAUUCACAGUUCAAUAAACCUAACCAGAAACAUAAUAAAAGAAUCCUGACUGGUUGAGGCGUCUGAAGGAUUUCAUUUUACAGAUACCUCAAGGAUUCAGCUUUGGUUGAAAUAAAAGGGAAGAGGAAAUUCCUGCAAAGAACCAUCAUCUUGUCCAGGAUUGCAUGAUUGUUAACAACACUAAUCUUGGGAGUACUGCAGUUCAGUGCAAGAUGUUUAUCAAAAGGCCAGUACUACCUGGCUCCUCUAAAAGGAAAUGGACUCUUUGCUUCAACAUAUCCCCUUCCCACCAUAUUGCUCAUAAAUAACACUUUGGGGAGGGUGGGAGGGAAAAGGGCGAAUGUUUAAAAAGAAAGUCCUUGAUUUAGUUUUUUAGUAUUGUAAAGAUACUGCUGACCUGUGCUUCAUUUUUAACUGUGUAAACUUUUUCCUUUUUUUUUAAACAAAAGUUUAUCAUUCAAUGAAGUGAAUUAAACAAAAAUUGCAUAACUGUCCUUUUUUUCCGUUUCAAAAGCGUAGAUUUUUUUAUGCUGUAGAACUGUUACCUGUAAUAUCUCGCUGUAGAAAUGUUAAAUAAUUUGAAAUUUUGCACAUUUUUGUGCAACCCUAUAUUUAUCUCCAGGACCACAUUCUUAUUUAGAUAUUACUUUUACAUUUUGAUUUUGAUUAUCUUUUUUUAGGAAAAGGAAAUAUAAAUCAGUUAAUCUACAUAUGGAACAUUUUUGUUUUUGUUUCUUUUGGAAUCAACAGGGAAGCGCAAAGUAUAAAGCUGCUACUAACACACACACACACACACACAUCUUUAUAAAUAUGUAUAUUUCUCUCUGAUUAUCUCUCUAUCCAUCUACAACAAUAUACGUAGAUAGAUAGACAGAAAUGCACAUAAAUAUAAAUAUAUAUAUACACAUAUCAGUUCUUCCAUGACUUGGAUUCAUUGAAGCAGUGGGGGGGGGAGUCCAAAAUGCUACUUUCAAUCCAUACAAUAUUUCUGAACAUCUCUGCAUUUUAAGGGUUGGUUUUGGGUUUGGGGUUUUUGUUUGUUUUGGUUUCAUUUUUGAGGGGAAAUGAGGAAUGCACAUCAGUGAUACUUGAAACUCAGUCCUACCCCAAAAUUCAGAAAGGACGGAAAUCAUGUGUACACACAGACACACAUUAUAAUGUUAAAGCUUCCAGUGAAGUUUGGUAUUUGUAACACCUUAGUGCAAUAACAAACCAUACUAAAUAUAGGAAGUGUGCAUGUGGGAAAGGUCAGUGCAUAUCCCCUUAGGAGGGGAGAAUCUUGUAAUAUAAUAGUUGUCAAGAUGUUUUAAAAAUGUAUUCACACAUAUAAUUGUCUAUAGUAUAUGGUAAGACAUUUGCAUUGAUGAUGUAUAAUGGGGCAAAGCCAAACUCUUAUUGCUCUGUUAAAUCAGAAAUAUUUUGUGGCAUACAGCAUUUGCUGGAAAUGCUGUUGGGUUUUUUUUUUUAAUUUUUGCAUUUAGAGUGCCUUAUAUUUGAUGCCUAUUUUGAUAGCAUUUCUUCAAAUUUUGGUUUCUCUGUAUUUGCAUUAGUUAAAUUCAUAUUUCUCUGUUACUUCCCCCCCUCCUUCCAUUAAAGCAUUAUAUUUUCAGCACAUGUACAAAGAGGUAUUUUAACAAUAUGCAUUCCUUGUGUUUACCCAAGUGUUCAAUAUUAAUCACUGUUCAUCCAAAGCAGUUGGGUAGUCAGGGGCCCUUCAUCCAAUCAGAACUCCCAGCAACAGGGACUACCAGUGUGUGGCUCUUUCCAAGCAGGCAUUUGUAAACAUUGCAUUGGAGAGGAGACUACAGUAUUGCCAUGGUGAAAAUAAAGGGCAGUUCUCCUAGUAACAAGAGCAGCAAUUAGAAGGGUUCUGGAUUCUUACUCAUGCUCCUGUAUUUCAUUUGAAGCCAAGGCAUGCUCACUUUACUCAGGUUAAGGGGUCCUGAGAUCAGCUGAGUCAGGCAAGUCAACAUAGGGCAUACAUUUAGGUGACACGCUAUUUUUCCUUAUGGGCCUCACAAGACAUGGUCUGAAAUGCUUUAAGGAAGCCAUUUGCUCUUGCAUUGGCCUGAAUUAAGCCUGGCACCAUGUUAGAAGAGAAGCGUCAAAGGAACUCCAGUAGGUGUGGUUAAGAAUAAGAAUAACCAGGAUAUAGUUAACUUCUCUUGAAUUAGGUUUUCCCCCCCUCCAUGUUUUCCAUCACUACCAGAAAUAAUAAAUAUAUUAAAAGACCAAACACUAGAAAGCAUUCUAUUUGAGCACUUUUAUAUAAAAAGACUUUCACAAGCGCAAAAAUGGAAAAAAAUUAAACGUAUAUAUGUAUAAUAAUAAAGUAUUCUAGAAGGCUACCUCAGAAUGAGAUUCUCUAAUUUACACCAGAAUCGGAGAAGAAUGUGCACUAUAUGUUACCUUUUAUUUUUGAUUUAUUUCUGUCAAAAAAAUAUUAAAAGUGCCAGAUUACGCAGAGAACUUGUGCUUUCAGCCAAAAGUACAGUCAACAGACACUCAUGAUUGAGAGAGAAAAUUGCUACAUUUUAGAAGCAAAGAGAAAAGGCACGUUGGCACAGAAACUUUCUGUUUUCUCAGUUUAGAACUUAAAUGCAAAACUGGCAGUGUAGGCAGCAAUACAGCCCCCCCAAAGAGAGGCACUGUUUUGCAUGUGGGUCUGUGUGCACUGCAGGGUACAUCAGUGGCUUGUUGCAGACUCUGGGGCCAUGUACCUUCUGGGGGAAUAGGAAUGUGCACAUCAGAGCCCCAAAGAAAGCCCUGUGUGGACAUGCCUUAGGAAGGCCCAUUGCUCAUGAGAGCAAUUAAUCGAUCAGGCCUUCUGUUCUGCAAAAAUCUUUUGAUUGUUCAAAUACAAUCAAAUACAAUAUUCGACAAAUCACUAGUGAGGGUGAACGCUUCACAGGACAAAAAAACAUAAUGGCCGCACAUGUUCCCGUCAAAACUGCUAUUCAGGAGUUGCUUCUAAAGAGAACUCUGUUCGAAUCAUUGAUGUGCAUUCCAUUUCUGUAACUUUUCUGUGUAAUGUUUCUCUUCUCUCAAAUUCUACUUUUUAAUUAGUAGAUCCCAUUAUCUGCCAUUUACCAAGCUCAGAAUUUGAUUUCAUCAGCAUAACCAGUACGGUGCUAUUAUUUACCUAUGUAUGUGUAGUUAUGUAUAAUUUUGUAAUUAGUUAACAAUGGAGAAAUAAGCAAAAUAUAUAAAAAUUAUUUGUACAGAACUUUUAUUUUAGCUCUUUUUUUAAAAAAAAUGGUUUGCAUGGUUAGACGUUGGUGAGGAUGGCUGGGGGAAGGGAGGGGUCCUCUAGGGAGAUUUGCACUUUCUAUACCUUUGUACUAUGCACUGCCCUAUUGAUUCUACACCCAAUAGUAUUAUUACUUGAACCCAUCUGUAAGAAAACUGCUUAUGAAAAUCCACUUGUGUGUAUGUAAAUAACACAAAACAUGUUAAAAGAGGAGGGGGGGCGUUUGCAGGGGCAACAACGAAAUGCAGGUUUCCCCCCACCUUUUUUUUUCUUGCCCUCCUUUUACGAUUUUAAUCCUUUUCUUUUGAGUGCCCUGAUACUCCAACAGAAUAUCAGAAGGCUUCAGGUCCCGUCACCCAUCUGUUACGUGGCUUUGCCAUUCAAGCUUGGAGUGUCUUUACAAAGAUAAUACAAGUUGUGUUCUUUGCUCUCGUUUUGGAUGCCUAGACUGAAAAAUUUAAAAAAAAAAUUACCUUGUAAAAUGGCUUGUUAAAAAAAAAAAAUACAAUUACCUCUAAUUAGUAGUACGCGUAAAUGUUUUACAGAAUGAAAGGCGUGCUUUUUAUUUUCUUACUUCGUUACAUUGGUGGCGAAAGAAAGUCUGUAUGAAAAUCAGUUCUUUGCUGACACAAGUUCCAUUUGUUACAAAUGAAUUCUAAUAAAAAUGUCAGUGUUA